AUGGUGAAUCUCGUCUCAAUUUACUUCACUUUCCUCCUCUUCACACUCUCUAAAUUUUCCUUUCUCUCAUCGGCGACCGCCGUGGCCAAGGAUCAGGUCGGCUGUUCCAUGUGCUCGAGUUGUGACAACCCCUGCCAACUCCCUCCGCCGCCACCGCCACCUCCCACUUCACAAUGCCCUCCUCCUCCGCCUCCGCCCUCGUGCAGUACCUGCAUCCACCCUUCUCCGUUGCCGCCGUCCUCUGUCCAGCCAUACCUGCCGGCCGAUGGAGGCCAAUUCCCCGGCCUUGCUCCUCCGCCGCCGAAUCCAAUUUUACCAUAUUAUCCUUACUAUUAUUACAGUCCCCCCACUGCUUCUGGCGAAAGCGUUUCAAUUUCAUGGAAAAUUUUGCCUUUGGGUCUCUUAAUCAUUAUCUGUCUCUGA